GUGACGUCACUUCCCGCGGGCGGUGCCGGGCCCGAUGCCGCCGGUGCGGGCCGGGGGAGGAGGAGGAGGCGGAGGGGAGUCCCGGUCCUGGUUCUGGUCCCCGUCCCGGUCCCGAUCCCCAUCCCAGUCCUAGCGGGCCAUGGUGGUGCUGCGGGGCGGCGCGGGCCCUGAGGAGCCGUUCCCGAGGAUCGAGGACUGCCUGCCCCCGCUGGAGGACUCCCCGUCCAAGCGGUUCUCGCCGUCCAAGAGGAAGCAGUAUUACAUCAACAAGGCCAUCCGCAACUCCGACCUCAUCCCGAGGGCCAAGGGCCGCAAGAGCCUCCAGAGGCUGGAGAACACUCGCUACCUGAUGACACUCCUGGAGCAGGAUGACUGUGGGAGCGAUGAGGGAGAGCUCACCCACUCAGCCACCCCCAGCAUCUUCACCGAGGCCUGUAACAACGAGACCUACAUGGAGAUCUGGAACGACUUCAUGAACCGGUCGGGAGAAGAGCAGGAGCGGGUCCUGCUCUACCUGGAGGAGGAGGCCAGGAAGAAGCACAGGAGGAAGCUGCCUGUCAAGAAUGAAGACAAGUGGAAAGAGCUCCCAGCCUACACACCCCAGGAGUGCUUCCAGCGCAUCAGCCGCCGCCUCCGCGCCACCCUGAAGCGGGGCCGGAUCCCCAUGGGGACGCUGGAGGGGCUGGAGGAGGAGCUGCUGGCCUUCUUCUCUGUCACCCCCCACUCCGUUUACACGGCACUGAUGGACAACAGCUUCGAGCGGCUCCUGCUCCACGCGCUCUGCCAGUACAUGGAUCUCGUCUCUGCCAGUUCGGACAUCGAAGGGAAACGUCAGAUGAAAGUGAGCAACAAACACCGCGUGUUCCUGCCCCCCGAGCUGCUGCUCUCAGACUACCUGGGGCAGAUGAGCUGAUGCCCCGACAGCUGCCCUGCCCCUCCUGUGUCCGCUGCAGCCUCUCCCGGCCCUGCAGCCCUCAGACCCUCGGCCUUUCCCCUGCUCCAGCAGCCGGUGCCCAGCGGGGCAGAGCCAGGGGCUUGUGGCUGUGGCCCCUCGGGAUGCUGGGACCGGCUGUGCCCUGCCCGACAUUGCUGCGGUUGUGGAGCAGGUGCCUCUCGCCCACCCCGCUCCCUGUGCAGCCCUCCUGGAACUGUUUGUGUGUCUAUUUAUAACCCAGGUGUUUUUAAAAAUAAUCAAGCGGGGCCAGCCCCACUCUGGCGCUGACGCUCGUGGGGUGAUCUCGGUCCAGAUUUUUCUGCGGUGAAACAGCUCCUGGCGGCUGCUGAGCAAUCGCUGAGCUGGCGGAAGAGCCUGGGGGCUGCCGCGUUCUGGCACCCGCAGCCCUGCACCCACGGGGUGUCCAGGGGGGCUCGGCCCCCUUGGGCAGGGCGGGGUGUGGGGAGCUCUGGGUGCUCUUGCUGCACACCCUGUGCCCUGCCCGCAUGACGGGGCUGUUUUUAUUGUAAUAUAGCUUGUGUUUUUUAUCACGUGUGUGUAUAUUUACAUGUGUGUGUGUGCGUGGUGGAGGGGUGCAGCCCCCCUCAGGGCUCUCCCUGCUUGUCCACAGCUGCCAUGGGGGCAGAUGGGGCACUUCGAGGGUCCCUCUGUGUUCCCCCAUGUCCCUGGCAUGUGCCAAGGGUUGUUCGUAGGGUGUGCCCUGGGGGGUCUUCACUGGUUGCUCUGUCCCGUGACGACACUGACUGCCAUUAACCGUGGGGACCCCCAGACCCAGGGGAGCCCCUCGCGCCUCCUUUGCUGGUGUGACUCGGGUACGGGCAUGUUCAGGAACAAUAAAGACGGUGCUCCCGUG